GGUUCCUGACGAAAGCAGCAGGAUGGAUUAGGCUAGCCUUUUGCACUUACAUCAACUGUUAAGGAUAUGUGGAUGUUCUUUUACUGGUUGAAGUGAUAAAACGAGUGGCCACGGCGCCUGGUUUCACUCUGUAGGUGUAGAGUUUGGGACCUGCCUUAUAGCACAAAGACAAAGCAAACUGUAGUGCCAUAAGGAAGAAGAUACCAAGCAGUCCUUCACUCGCGUCGGCUGGAACUUGUAGCAGCUUCCAACAACCUGACGUGGACCCCUCAGUGAUUCCUGCAGGAAGCGGUUCCUAGCCAUGCGCUCUAGGCGGAGGAGCAGCAGGUGGACUGGACUAUCAAGUGGGCAUCGGCUGGAGGGUGGUAGUUUGUUGUUCUGACUUAAAGAAAAAGGGACUUUAAAGAAGGGCUACACAGAAACGUAUUGUAACGUCUAUUUGCACCUUGGCAUCGCCUGUCAGGAUUUCCUUAUGUAUAGGAAGGAGAAGAAAGACUUGGGCUGAAAACAUACUAUGAAUCUCAAAGUAAUAUUUAAGAGCAUUGGCAUGAUGCAGCUGAUUCGAUAAUACUUGCAAAGUGCUCUAAUGGGACUCAUGCAGAACUGAUGCAGAGGAGAUUUUACAUUUACUGCUGGAAGUGCAGAAUAUUCACAAAGCAUUUAAGUGCAGGACGAGGAAAUGACUAGCCGUCGUCUUACGAAGCAUAUAAUGGGGAAGAUACAUGGUGGAGAUGGUGCCAUAGCCUCUCAGAGCAAAGCGAAGACAGAAAAUGUGCAACAGGAGAUGUUGGAAAAGGCAAGGGAGCUGUUCCAGCAGUGUGACAAGGAAGAAAAGGGGUUUAUAACCAAGAGGGAUAUGCAGAGAUUACAAAGUGAGCUUCCCCUGACACCUGAACAGCUGGAGGAUGUAUUUGACAGCUUGGACCAUGACGGUAAUGGAUAUCUGACGCCAGUUGAGUUCAGCAUGGGUCUAGGGAAGUACAUUGGAACUGGCAUGUUCCCUUCAGCUGAAGGCAGAAACAUGUUAAAGCAUGAAGAAACAUUCGAGUCUGAUGAUGUGGACCUAGUAGACAGUGAUGAUGAGAAGAGGUUCUGUUCAAUGAUGGAGCAACUAGGAGCUUCAGAGGUCUUUGAAGAUCAGAGUGAAGUGCGAGAACUUUGGGCCAGGUUAAGAAGAGAAAGGCCAGAGCUCCUGAAUAACUUUGAGGAGUUUUUGUUCAAAGUAUCUUCACACAUAAAGGAAGUACACUAUGAAAAAGAAACCAUGGAACAGGCGUUGAAAAGAAGGGAAAAUGAUCAUGACAAUGAAGUAAGGCAUCUCUAUGAAGAAAUGGAACAGCAGAUUAAAAAGGAAAAGGACAGACUUCUUUCCCAGGAUUCCAUGAGACAUCACGACAGGAAUCAUCACCUGCAGGAAGAAUUGCGAAGCAAAGAGCAAGAGCUUGAGAACAUCAUUAGUCGUCAGAAGAAGCUUGAAAAGCAAAUCCAAGAGUUGAGCUAUGAAAAGACAGAGACCCGAGUGCAGAAUGAACGCCUCCGGUGUAUAAAUGAUGAGUUACAAGAUCAGCUGGAGCACUGUAGGCAGGAACUGGACCAAGCCCAGUAUCAUUUGCACCUUCUUCAGCAGGAGGCACAGAUGGAACAGGAGGAGAAGGCAAGAAAUGUCUUGAGAGUAUCGAAGAAUAUGCAGAAAGAAAAAGAGAGCCUUCUGAGACAACUAGAACUUCUAAGGGAUAUGAACAAGAAACUGCGAGAUGAAAGAGACGCCUAUGAAGCCAAGAAGCCGACAUCCCCUGGCAAAAAAAAGCCUCUGUUGAAGAAAGGGUCAGUGAUAGGCAAAUACCUGGUGGACGACAAGCCAGUCAAACGCCCACCCUCUGCAACAGAAGAAGUUACAUCUGAGCCCAUUCGGAAGAGUUGUAGGUAUGUAUCUUUCAAAAGCCCCUUGGAAAAUGAAAGUGAAAAUGGAUGCCAAGCACUGGGAAAUCCUACCCAAACUGGCAGUGUAGCAGUGCCACAAGAGGCCCAAGGAAUAAAUCUAGCAGAAUUGAAACAAUCUACAGCUUCACUUGAAGGAGAUGGAGAGGAUUUGGAUGAGAUGCCUUUAUCACCAAGGGGUCAGCCCAUAGGCACAGAACAUGUGGAGACGGAGCCAUUGUCUGCUUCACCUGAUCGGAUCUUUAAAGUGGUGUUUGUCGGCAACUCUGGAGUUGGAAAGAGCUCCUUCAUACACAGAUUCUGUCAUAACAGGUUUCUUGCAGAAAUUAGUGCAACUAUAGGUAUUGACUAUCGAGUGAAAAGUUUGGUGGUGGAUCAUACACAAGUAGCACUGCAACUCUGGGACACUGCAGGGCAAGAGAGGUUUCGGAGUAUAACAAAGCAGUAUUUCAGGAAAGCAGACGCUGUUUUAGUGAUGUAUGAUGUUACUGCUGAAAGCUCCUUUACUGCGGUACGAAACUGGAUGAUGAGUAUUAAGGAGGGAAUAGAAGAUGGAGCUAUAAUUGUUCUGCUUGGAAACAAGACAGACGCUGCAGAACAUGAAAGCCUCAAAGUGCCAAAAGCGGAAGCAGAGCGCUUAGCAAAGGACUACAAGUCUUUAUUUUAUGAGUGCAGUGCAAUGUCUGGCUACAACAUUACAGAACCAAUGCUGCACUUGGCAAGGCUACUGACAGAGCAAGAAGACAAACAAAGAGAGAAAGCCUUGCAUCUUAGCAGAAAUUACGAUAAGAAGAAGAAUUGUUGUAUAUGAAUACAAAGACUUAUUACUAAAAAUGAGAUUGAAUAGAAAACAUGCCAGUGUAGUGAUAAUUUCAACAGGGGCUCGUAUCAGAUUCUACAUGGAAGCAUACAGUUGUUCCAUACUGGCCAUUUCUGAGCACACUGAUGUUUUAUCUUUUGCUGCUUUAAUUUCAUUAAUAUGAAAUAAUAUUAAUAUGAGAUAUCCUAACAAAAAUCUACAUAUCCAUGGUAAACACUGCAAUAAUGUGGCAAGACUUCUGUGUUAUAGGUGCAUUCAAGAGAGAAAUGGUGAGCAAACUUUCAUUCAUGAUCUUCUUUGUUUCACCACCAAAAGCAUCAAAAUGUCAUUUUGUGAGUCUAGUUUUUAUAUACACUCACAUGGCACAAUAGUGUACCUUGUAAGUAUAAUAUUUUGUAAUUGUGCAUUAACAGCUUUGUUCUUAUUCAUUUGAAUGAUGCACAUACUACAGUCUUGUAGGGCAAGAAGGCUUUCAAAUUUCUUUGGCAAAGAGGACAUCUCUCUCAAUUUAGGAUGUGGAAAAUGCUCUUCAUUAAAUGAGUAUGAAUCUGUCGUAGCAAUUUAGAGAUAAAUAAGUUGAUGUAUUAGUCAUUAGGCAAGCCUUUUGAAGCCCAAGUCCAAAAGUGUUUAGCAGUUAAUUAGAUAUAGGAGGAAAAGUAAUAUGUGUAAGCACCAGCAUUAAAAUAUUGUAUGGAAAUAAUUAGCAUGAACUGGCAAACACAAUGCAAUUAGCACAAUAAAUUCUGUUGGACUCACCAAAAUGUCCAUUCUAUUCCUGUUAGCUGUUGGUCAGUACUAGGAGGCUCUAGAGAAAGUGCAACGCACUCGUACAUGUUUGAGAAGGUAUUUAAACAAAUAUGAUGGAUUUAGGAGUACUUUGUGGGUUACUUGCAUUCUUUGAUUCUUAAUAACAGUGCUCAUUUUUUUAAACAUUAAAACCUUUAUAAGGGAAUGUUCAUAGCUCAAAGGCUAGUAACAGAAAUGAUAGCUCACGGAAGUACCCAUUCCGCACUUACAAAUAAAAGAUUUCAAAUUCUAGAUCCAAAUUCCAGGGCUUGAAUUUGGUAUAAUAUAUAUUUAAUUUAGGUUGUACUAUAUCACAUAAUGCACACUAUAUUACAACGGCAUGGCACUGAGCAAAGCAUGUAUGUAUAACAUGUUAAAUCUGGCUCCUGAAACGUACUGUAACUAUUUUGUUUUUGUUGUUGUUAAGAAUGCACUCAGAGAAGAACAAAUGUCAGCUGUGUGUGUUUCUGUUUGCAGUACAUGCUAGCAUUCUGCAGUUAUGAAAAUGUCUAUGUUCUGUUGAAAAAUCAGGGCUUUUUUCAUAUAAACUUGAAGUACAGUUAUUAUCAUAUCAGAGCAGCAUUUACUAACUGAAAUGUGAUGAAAGUGGAUGAACAUUUUUGCAAUGUAUUGCCAAAAACACAGUUGAUUUUGCUAACAAAAUGAGGGUUGCAUUUAAACAUAUUAAGCUAUGAGAACCCCAUUUGGCAUAACUUAGUCUGGGGGGUUCUUGUCUCCUCUGACAAUUAUGUACUGUAGUCAUUGUCAAGUUUUUGUGCUGCUGAUUUUGAAACUUUAACAUGAAGGUUUACUUUAAUAUUGUUUACAUUUUUUUGCCAUAAAAGCUUUAAUGAAUAGCAUGGAUAGUGAAAAUACUUGCUGCAUUGUAUUACUGGUGAAACUACAUUUCAUUGUAAGGUCCCAUGAGUCAAUGUGAUUGUGUACACCAUGAAAGGCACUUCAAACUUUUGUCACUGUCAAUUCAUAUGUUUACUCAGGCAUGUUGAUCCUUGUCAAAAUAAAAUGUUUUGUUUCUUCUUUAUAGUCUAGGAUGUUGAAAAACUUUUGAAACAGUUAUAAUCAGUUGAGCUUUUGAAAAUAUGGCCAUAAAUCAUAACACCCUUCUCCCCCUAAUUCAAAAAUUAGCAAGAUUAAGAAAAACUGGUGUAAAGCAUCUAAAACUCUUACAUUCUGCUCUGUAUUUCAAUCAACUACAGAACAUCAUCCAAAACUUUUUGUUUUUGCUGUACUUUUGUCCAUCUAUGUUUUGUGUUAACAACCCAGUUAACCCAUUUUCUUGUAUGGAAGAAUACAUUUUGUAAUAAGCAAUGAAAAUCUAGUUAUCCUCAAAUCAGAGACAGUUGCGAUAUUACUUGCGCAAUAAAUGAACUUCA